ACACAAGCCGUAGCUCGCAGACGCCGAGCCCGUGACGUCAUAGAGCCAGCAGAAGCCGCAGCCUCUCCGCACUGACAUGGCGCCUAUGGGCAUCCGCCUGUCCCCCUUGGGCAUCGGGGUGUUCUGUCUGCUCGGGCUGGGGGUGCUCUACCAUGUGUACUCGGGGUUCCUCACCUGGCGCUUCUCCGCCUUCCAUCCUGGGGGAGCGGGCGGGGGACACGGUGGACCUGCGGGAGCUGCUGGCGGUGCGGUGCGGGCUGCAGAAUUGGGCGGUGUAGAGGUGAAGGCUGUGCGGGAGAGCAACAAGCUGAACGAGAACACGAAGAGCAAGACCCGGGAGGGCGCGGACGAGAAGAUGACCCGCGGGGACCUGCUGUCUAACCGGAAAAUGGCGAAUCUGAUCAAGAACUCCUUCCCGGGGGUACAAGUAAAUAGUGAAGAGCAUCUUGGUGACGAUGACAAGGAGGAAAUCUACUGGGAUCGUGUCAUACCCAGUGAGAUGAAAGAAAUUGUGAAGAAUCCAAAGCUGGUUCCUUCAGAUAGUAUCACUAUAUGGAUAGAUCCACUGGAUGCAACUCAGGAGUAUACAGAGAAUCUUAUUAACUAUGUGACUACCAUGGUGUGCGUUGCUGUGAAUGGAAAACCGGUUAUAGGUGUGAUACAUAAACCUUUCACAGGGUAUACUGCUUGGGGUAUGGUGGACGGUGGCUCAAAUACAAAGAAACGGGCCUCCUACAAUGAGAAAACCCCAACCAUCAUUGUUUCCCGGAGUCAUUCAGGGGCAGUAAAAGAAGUGACGCUACAGACUUUUGGCAACCAGACUAAAAUUAUAUCUGCUGGAGGAUCAGGGUACAAAGUUCUUUCGUUGCUUGACGUCACAGGCACCGACCAAGAAACGGCUGAUGUUUAUAUCCACAAAACCUACAUCAAGAAGUGGGACAUAUGUGCCGGAAAUGCUAUCCUAAGCGCCCUAGGCGGUCACAUGACUACUCUUAAAGGAGACGACAUUAUUUAUACUGGAUCGGAUGGAAAUGAGGGCGGGCUGCUUGCAAGCAUCGCGAUGGACCACAUUGCCCUUGUUGAAAAAUUGUCCUCGAAAAUCUCAUCCAAAUAAUAAAACAAAACAAAAAAAAAAAAAACUUUUGUAUGUACAUUAAUAAAACUCGCUACACAAUACAUGUGUGUUUACGGGAACUGGAAGGAAGCCGGUCAUGGCACAGCCUCCAUGUCUUUUCAUGCAUAUGCCUAAAGACUUGACGUUAAAGUAUUUUUUUGCUGUAUAAGUCCGAGUGGAUGAAGCUCGGAGACCAGGACGAGCACGCUUGAUUGGAACGACAGAGAUUUUGGGAUAUAGAGUGAAUCUUAUUUUAAAUACAAGAACAUUGCAUUCUUUCCACUCCUGACUGAAUAAUGUCAUGAUGAGAAUAAGCAUUGUGCCUUUUUGCAAGUUAAUUUGUCACUUUAAUGUAUGCAAAAUUACGUUGUUGUAUUUUUCGGCUGCGGAUUACUGGAUUAUAAAAUGGGCACUCCAUUUGUUUUUGUUUUUUUUAAGGAUUUUAUUAAUGAUUAUUAAAAUACGAUAAGGGUACUACUUUCCUUCAGCUGGGAGCAUGUGGACUCCAGAGUAUCGCACUACAGAUGAUCUAAUCCUUGUGUUUGCCAGCAGUAGAGAGCAAUAGACACAAUCUCCACGGAACAGUUACCGUAAUACUAUGUCAAAUGCUUCCUGUUCUCAUCCUUUUCCAGUUUUUCCAUGUCUUUUUUCUGGCUGCCGUUGUAUUAAGUUUUUUUAUGUUUAUUUAUGCCUGUCUUCCCCCCCCCCCCCCCCCCCCCCCAUGCCUAUUAUGUUGCGUUGUAUUCUUGCAACCACAGACGCUUACAUUUUCGGUGGAG